CUGAGUGGUUCAUUUAGGUUCAAUAAUCUAUUGACUGGUUUAUACUUCAGCUGAUAGAGUUUGGUAUAAAAGAACUAUUAACAAGAGAAUUUUAUUUUCUAUAAAAAUGCAAGGGGGAAAAUUUUUGGCAAAGCUGCAGUCAGGUUAUACUAUUCCAUUACUAGGACUGGGAACAUGGAAAAGCAAACCAGGAGUUGUAGGCAGUGCGGUCAAAAGUGCAAUUGAUUGUGGAUACCAACACAUUGAUUGUGCUGCAAUUUAUGGCAAUGAGAAGGAAAUAGGCGAAGCUUUCGCGGAGAAAAUUGGAAAGAAUAUUGAAAGAAAAGAUCUAUUUGUAACUUCAAAAUUAUGGAACACCAAACAUGGAGCAAAUGAUGUUAAACCAGCCUUUGAGAAAACAUUGAAAGAUUUACAGCUAGAUUAUCUUGAUCUGUAUCUAAUUCAUUGGCCUAUUGGACUGAAAUCUGGAGAUAAUCCAUUCCCUAAGAAUGAAGAUGGAAGUCUUCAGUAUAGUGAUGUACAUCCAUUUGAAACAUGGCAAGAAAUGGAGAAGUUAGUGGAUGAAGGCUUAGUGAGAUCUAUUGGGUUAUCUAACUUCAAUAGCAAGCAAGUGAAAGAAAUAGUUUCAAAAGCAAGAAUCAAACCAUCUGUUCUUCAAGUGGAAUGUCAUCCCUAUCUUAACCAGAAAGAACUUAUAAAUUUUUGUAAUCAGCAUGACAUUCUUGUGACAGCAUAUAGUCCACUUGGAUCACCAGAUCGUCCUUGGGCAAAACCUGAGGAUCCGCUGUUGUUAGAUGACAAUAAAAUUGUUGCAAUUGGCAAGAAGUACAACAAAACUGCUGCCCAAGUUUGUAUCAGGUUCCAAAUAGAACGAGGACUUUCUGUUAUUCCUAAAAGUACUUCAGCUCAAAGAAUCAAAGAGAAUAGCAAGGUGUUUGACUUCAGUUUAUCACCUGAAGAUAUGAGUAUAAUUGAAUCAUUUCACAGACCAUGGAGAGCUUGCAUUCCAAUGAUAGAGGUUAAUGGAAAACAAGUACCACGCGAUGCGCAUCAUCCUCAUUUUCCCUUUCAUGAACCUUUUUAAUGUCAAGAGAAUUUUAUAAGAAAAACUAUAUCAACACAUUUAUCACUUAAAAUGAGUUUAUGUUUAUACAUAAAUAUAGACUAUAGACCUAAAAUGUAAUGAUUUAUAUUUAAUUAUAUGUAGACUGCGCGUGAUGCUAACCCUAGGUAGCCCAAAGGUAUUUGUGUUUUAAUCUAAAGCGUCCAUCCAGUUUAAUAUCGCGGUCUGUGACGUAAACACAUUGCUAUGCUAACUGGUUUUUUUUUCUCUUUUUCAAACUACUUGCUAACAACCUUUUUUAAUCAAUUUUGCAUGUCUAUAAACGGGAUAAAAGGUUUCACCUUUGCGUCUCCCCGCGAAUUUUAAGGCGGGCUAAUAAAAUGCCAAAUUCGCGUUAGUAUUUAGACACCCACUGAGUGGGUUACAGGUGUGCCGUUUUGAGGAUGCAUUACCAAACUAGUAUAGUUUACAGUCCUCAACCCCUAUAUGUGUACGUUCCUCUAUGAUAUGGUAAUAACAGGCUGAUAUAUGUUUAGUGAAAACAUAAACCCACAAGUCAUAACAUCAAUGCAUUAUGCAUAGCCCAAUGCAUAUGACGCCAAUAUAUUUUGAAAAAAUAAUUUACAAAACCAUGAGAAUACAUUUAAAAUAAAUGGGAAUAAGUAUAUUGUUGGCUUCAUAUAUACGCCACCACCUGCUCAGAGUUAUGUAUUAUG